CCACCUACAGUCGUUGCAGGAAAAGGUUAGAGAAUAUUCAUAUGUUCCUUGUUUUGGAGAGUGAGUCUGGAGGAGGUGGUGAUGCUGCUGAGGGAGAGGGUGAAGUUAAUUUCUGCUGUGAAGCACUGGCAUCAAGAAACAGCUCUGGAAGAUGUACUGUAUUUACAGGAAAGCUUAGUUUAGGAUUUGGAACCUGAGCCACCAUGUUCAACCACCUCUCUCUCUUCCCCCAUUUCACUGGUAAUUCCAUAAGGUGCAAGACUGAAAAUGUCACUGGUACCUUAAAAUAGGGGCUCAAAGGCCUGCGUAACUUAGUUUCCUGUUUCAUUUUCUGUUCUUAGUGAGCCAAACAUAUAUAUACCUAUCCAUGCCAUCUGUUGCAGAACUGUCAGUUGAAGGAUGUACGGAGUAGGUAACAAGGGGCUUUUAGUUGCUGAAGUGCUGUUACUGGAAAAGCACAGAGUGAGGAGAUGGGUGAGAGGAGUCGCUAAUAUUGGGUAUUUCUGCCCACAGAGUUGUCUGGAUUGUUCUUCCAGUGAGCUCUUUUACUUCAUAGCAACGGAACCUGCUUUUUUUUUUUGUGAAACUUCUGUCUUUAACUCUGUCUGUGGUUGAGUCAACUGGGCUCUUUGCUCUCAUUUUUAUUUCGGUACAGGUUCAACCACAGUGAGAAUAAAGGGAGGUCCUUUUUCUUGUGUCCAUCUGACUUACUGUCUUUGUGAUGCUUUUCUUCUCUGCUUCUUGUCCCAAGCUGCAUCUGUUACAAAAUCAAUUACUUUAUUCAUCCCUUAAUGCUUUUCUUCACCUCUUAGUUCUUCUCUCACUGUACUUGCUGGCCCCUUUCCCACCUGCUAGAAAUUAAAUCUCAGCACUGUGCUUCUAUCAGCCCAGGUCUGCUCUGACUGAUUACGUUAACACCUGUUCUUUGGGUUUCAGCUUCUCUGAUUAAUGUAACAACUUUGCUUACUGUAAGCCCCUGCUUGUUUGAUUCUUCUUUCAAGUUUACCUUUGUUUAAUAUCUUUUUCUCAUGCAAACAUGCUUCUUCUUGUCUUUAAUCUCACCACCUAUCUGUCCUCUUUCUCAAGUGCCAGCAGUACUUAGAAGUCUUCCAUUCUCAAGACUGUAAGUGUGUGUAUAUUUCAGAAGGGCAGGACUCAGCUAGUGGAGUACUGCAAGUCCAUGAACGCAAAGUAUACUUUGAUGUUCUGGGGUCUUGCUGACAAUAAUAAGAGAAAUUUGUUGCAUUUCCUCUUUCCUUUGCCAGCUACCAAGCUUCCCCAGCUCUUCUGCAGCCUAGUUCUGGGAACCAAAGAAAUGAAAAACUCUUUGUUAUUUUAAUUUUUUUGAACAUUUCUGCUGGCUUUACAGGCUCAGCCACAGAGUUGAGUGAAUGCUGUGCCUGGCUGGUGGAAUGAAACAGGAUCAUAUCCAUUGCAAGAAGCAAUCAACUAGAUUAGUAGGAGGCCCCCGCCCCUUACUGGCCUUCCUCUCCCCUUUGCUCCCCUCGCCCUGCUUUUAUUUACUUACUUCACCAGCUCAACCUGCCUGCCACGUCAACCCUCCACCCCUGUUUUAGUUCCCCGCUGUUCCAUGGAUUCUCCAUCUGGUCUCUCUGUCUUUUUUCUUCCUCUGGCUCUGUGUGCUUGCUUCUGAGGCCUCUCGCUCCUCUCAGUCUCCCCUGAUGACCAGUCCCUGCUUCCUACCAUGUGUGCUGCUUACUUCCAACAUCAGUUUUCACUGUGGAUUAAUAUGAGGGAGUGUCAGCAUCUCCCCCUUUUUUGUCGGAGUCUUUCAAGUCCAAGAAGUAUGUCCAGUAGUUAAAAUUUGUGCAUGUUAAAAUACAUUUUCAGUUUUGUGUUUGCUAUAGAAGAAAUUAAACAUAACUAGAAAAUAGCAGUGGAUAAUUUUGGCCUCUGAUAAGACUCAGCUCUGUAGUUCCUAGGUAACAUUGUGUGGGUAGCUUGCUUAAAUCACUUAUAGGGUAGGAAGGAUGCAUCUGAAACCAGCAGAACAGAAAGAAGUAUUAUGCAACAACGAAGGUCUUUCUACCCAUCAUUUCUUUUCAAAUGGAAAAUGACUUGUGCUUUUUAACUUUAUUAGAAAAACCUUUCCUGAAUUCAAAGGGGACACAACUUUGAAACAAGUUUUGGUAAGCAGAAAGGCUUCAAUCUGUGCAAUGAAGUCAAUUUUUGAUUAAAUCUUUUUGAGAUUAGUUCAGUCUUCAGUAAUGUACUAAUGUACUGAGUUUUCAGUUAUGAGAACAUAGAUCUAUUGAAUAGGUAGGUAUGAUUAGUAAUAUCCAAAAUUGCUACUUUAAUGUUCACCUGUCUGUGGCUUUCGCUUGUGUCUACAUUUGAUCAGCAAAUGUUUGUUAUCAAGCAAAACAUCUAGCGGACUGCUGGACAUGCUUCAAAGUUUGAUGCAGUCUAUGACUGUGACACUGAUGUUAACUGCACUGAAUGAAUUUUGCAGGAAAGCCCACUCACAAAGUGCUUGUGCUGACCCUGCCAGUGAAGUUCUGCUGUAAUAAGCAGUGAUGACCCGGCCUACACAGAUUCAUUGGUGAUCAGUGGCACAUGCAGAACAUCCUCAAAGACUCUGUGGAGAGCUCUGAUGAUGAGUUCUUUGAUGCUCGAGAAGAGGUGGUGGAAGGAAAAAGUGCUAUUCUUAUCGGCAUGAGCCAGUGGAACUCAAAUGACCUUGUUGAGCAGAUAGAAACGAUUGGGAAGCUGGAAGAAAAUCAAGGUGAAGAAUCUGUGUUUUGCUCAUCUGGCUUUCUACAGGAAAAGCAACGUGAAUUAUAUCGUGCCUCUUUAAGAAAACAAAGGCUACCUGCACAAGGCAGUAUUGAAGUACAUGAGGACAAUGAGGAAGCAGUUCAGCACCAGAAAUGCAAAACUCGUGUGCUAAUUCUGAUCCUACAUGGAGGGAACAUCUUAGACACUGGGGGAGAGGAUCAAAGCAGCAAGCUGGCAGACAUCAACACCUUCAGUUCUGUCUUUGAGAAGGUGACCCAAGACCAUUUUCCUGCUGCUUUGGGCCACAUCUUAAUCAGACUUGUUCCCUGCCCAGCAAUCUGUUCAGCAGCCUUCUCUCUUGUUUCCAACGUGUUCUACUUUAGCCUAAAUCCCUACAGCUAUGAUGAAAGCUGUCUCAGCAGCAGUGAAGACCACAUCCCACUGGCUGCUUUGCCCUUGCUGGCUGUUUCAUCCCCUCAGUACCAGGACGCAGUUGCCAUGGUGAUCAGUAGAGCAAACCAAGUUUACAAUGACUUUCUCAAAUCUACAGAUGGAGUUGGCUUUAACGGGCAGGUGUGUCUCGUUGGUGACUGCAUUGGAGGCAUUUUGGGGUUUGAUGCCAUCUGCUAUAAUACUAAUAGAACUGAUGAAAGUCAGAACAGUAGCAGGAGAGGAAGCAUCAGCAGCAUCCAGGAUAAUCCCCUUUUAACAGAGGACUCCAGUCUGAGUGGCAGAAAACACCUGAGCAAAAGCAAUAUUGACAUCUCAGAAAUCGUGGAGGAUGAGGAGCCAAGACAGCUGUUGCCUAGGAAACAGAGUGACUCAUCCACCUACAACUGUGAUACUAUAACACAUCAUCAUGCUUUCCUGUCUAGCAUCCACUCAAGUGUGUUGAAAGAUGAUGCAGACUUUCUUCCUGUGAAUUCCAGUCUCUCAGACAUAAACCUGGGCCGGUUUGAUUUUGAGGUGUCUGAUUUCUUCCUCUUUGGAUCACCGCUUGGUUUGGUGCUGGCCAUGAGGAGUACUGUUCUGCCGGGCCUGGAUGUUGGUCAGGUUCGCCCAGCCUGCAGCCAAGUGUACAGUUUCUUUCAUUCCGCUGACCCAUCUGCCUGCAGACUUGAACCGUUGCUGGAGAAAAGAUUUCAUCUCCUGCCUCCAUUUGGUGUCCCACGAUACCAGAGAUACCCACUGGGGGAUGGAAGAUCUCAUCAGUUAGGUGAUGCUAUCCAGAACUACAGUGCUCUGUUCCUUGAGAACAGCUCUUUGAACAUAAUUCACUCUCAGGAGAGUUCUGAAUCUACGAACACAUCUCAGAAACAAGAGAGAAGGUUGAGCUUGGCCAGCACAAACAGUGAAAACUCAGGGUCAGCAGAGAGCUUGUCAUCAGCAUGCCUCACCAACAUUACUACCAAGUGGUGGGGAACAAAGCGGAUUGAUUAUGCCUUGUAUUGUCCAGAUGUCCUGACAGCAUUUCCAACUGUGGCUCUGCCACAUCUUUUCCAUGCCAGCUACUGGGAAUCAACAGAUGUUGUGGCAUUCAUUUUAAGACAGGUGAUGAGAUAUGAAAAUGUAAAUUUCAAAGAAAAUGAUAGCCUGGAUCCAGUAACACUAAGCCCAUCCAAUCCACGAGAAAAAUGGCUACGCAAAAGGACACAUGUCAAAUUGAGAAAUGUGACUGCUAAUCAUCGAGCAAAUGACAUAAUUGCUGCAGAAGAUGGUCCUCAGGUACUUGUUGGACGCUUUAUGUAUGGGCCUCUGGACAUGAUCGCUUUAACAGGUGAAAAGGUUGAUAUCUUCAUAAUGACUGAGCCAUCUUCUGGUAGGUGGGUGUAUUUUGAUACAGAGAUAUCCAGCAGCAGUGGCCGGAUAUCAUACAGCAUACCCAAACAGAAGAGACUGAGAGUUGGUGUAUAUCCCAUCAAAAUGGUGGUCAGAGGGGACCAGAGCAGUGCCACAAGCUACCUGACUGUGCUUCCCCGAGGAAUGGAAUGUGUUGUGUUCAGCAUUGAUGGUUCAUUUGCAGCAAGUGUUUCAAUAAUGGGAAGUGACCCCAAAGUCCGAGCUGGGGCCGUUGAUGUUGUAAGACACUGGCAGGACCUAGGAUAUCUGAUUAUCUAUAUUACUGGCCGUCCAGAUAUGCAAAAGCAGCGUGUCGUUUCAUGGUUAUCUCAACACAACUUCCCUCAAGGAAUGAUCUUCUUCUCUGAUGGACUUGUUCAUGACCCACUGCGACAAAAGACUAUUUUUCUACGGAAUCUCAUGCAAGAGUGCCACAUCAAAAUCUGUGCUGCAUAUGGUUCGACAAAGGAUAUUUCCGUUUACAAUGUCUUGGCUCUGUCGCCAUCCCAGAUUUACAUAGUUGGACGAUCAACAAAGAAAUACCAGACACAGUGUCAAUUCCUCAGUGAGGGUUAUGCAGCCCACUUGGCCUCAUUGGAGUUCAGUCUUCAUUCACGACCCAAAAAGAACAACUCUCGGAUGAUCUUGAGAAAAGGCAGCUUUGGCCUCCACUCUCAACCUGAAUUUUUGCGCAAGAGAAACCAUCUCCGCAGGACUAUGUCUGUACAGCAACCUGACCCACCUUCUUCAAACCCCAAACCAGAGCGUGCCCAGAGCCAGCCCGAGUCAGACAAAGAUCAUGAUAGGCAUUUGCCUUCCAUUGCUUGGGUUAGGGGUGGAGUCCACAAAUUUGAAUCUGUUCCCUAGGAAGCCUGAAGCUGUCGAUUUUGGGUGCCCUCCAUUUAACUGGUAGUCGUGCCUCAAAGGUAGUAUUUAGGCAGCUUCAAACUAGGAGGUGUAGAGGGAAAACUGUACCUCAGAGUCUUCCCUGCUCUGGAAAAUGCCUUCUUACACCAACGAGGGAACUUCCAGUUUGUUCUCUUGACGUAUUGGGAAAUUGUAAAACAAUCUAAAACUAUCCCAAGUGCUUAAGCAUUAAAGCAACAGGAAAAAAAAAAAGUCUUCAGUUAUUUUUUACAACAAAUACAAUAAAAUGUGCAAUAAGAGAAAAAGCUGCUACAGGCUUUUUACUCAAAAGAAGGAUUGUAGUAUCAGCUAAUUAGCUGCACCCAAAACAAUAUAAACAGUAGAUCCCAUAGGUUACAGAGAAAGUUUACACUUAAAACAUUAAAUAGUUUCAUUGUUGCCAAUUCACUUUUGAUAAAGCGAUACAUUUGUAAGGGAAGCAGAGGUGAGAGUACAACAAUGGGUCAUCAGGAUUUGUACAGCAAGAUGAUUUUUGGGUGCCUUGAGUCCAAGAUUUCCUUUCAGCUUAUACUGUUGGUCAACAGAUACUAAUAUAGGCACUCAUGCUGUAAAAGGUGCUGGACAUCAAGUAAAUAGAACUCUGCCUGUGAACCAAGUCGUAAAUGCUUAAUGUUAGAAAUAAACAUCUCUGCCACUGUUUGAAGUAGUUACUGUUGCUGUAUGCAAAGUGAUGUGCAAGUGUACAAAACUGUGAUUUUUGUGAAACUUGGUGACUGUGUAAAAUGUGUGAACUGGGUGUAAGGAGAUGUCUGACCAUUUCAGACUGAGGCACAGAUUCUGAAAUGGAAGCCUUAAGGGAGCCUUUUUACUAAGGGGUCUGCAAUCUGCAGAGCAGUCACUUUUUCCAUUAUUCUAACUAGAAUCUUUAAUCUGCAGGAUGAAAAAGUAAUAAAUGCUAAUGGAGUGAAUUAUUUACCUUCUCAUGCUUUACAGCAAGUGCUCUGCUAAGACAAUCUGUAGCAAUCAAAAUUGCAACAGUUGAGCUUCAAAGAAUGAAGGUGCCAAAUGCAUGUUUUCCUUCUGAUUUCUCUUAGAUCUUUUACUUAUUAGAAGUAAAAUGUGUGAAAUUUUCCCUAAGUGAUAAUAUUCCUAAACUGAAUGUUGUAGUUAGUUUAACAUAGCUGCAGUUUGCUGGUUCUUUAUGCAACUGUUUCCACUGUGCUAAAUUCACCAACAUAACUUUUGUGAUAGAACUGAUGUAUGUUUCAAAACCUGCAGUGAAAUUGCUACAGCACAAAAAGAGUUUUCUUUUAAAGUUAAAAUCAGACUGUUGACCCUGAGAAAGCUUGAAAUCAACAGGUGAUUUCUUAAGCUGCUUCUGGAUUUUGUUUCAUCUUCCCUCCCUCAGUUUUUUGGCACCAGGGGGAGGAUGUUGCCAUCCCCACACUCCCUUUUAGGUUUUCCUAAUUUGUAGCUGGAACAGAAGCAAGCCUGUUGGUUAAUGAUUUCAAAGUUGGUAUGUAAAACAAAGAAGGAAUGCCAUGGAAAACUAUGAUGACAGUAUAGAAGUAAGUCCAAUAACUCCCUGUUCACACAGAAGUUUCAGUGUGCUUUUUGAAGGACAGCUUUGUGGCUUUUGUCUUAAAAGGCAACCAGUAAGCUAGUGUAUAAAUGGUGGUGAUUGCUGUUUGUUUGUUUGUUUGUUUUUAAGCAUAUCACUUAGCAAGUUUCUGGGUUACCUAUUUCAAACAUCCUGAAAGAUCUCUGGCACAUAAGUAGUUUUUUAUAAUGCUUCCUGUAAGGGAAGGGGUAAUUUUUUGCUGAAAAUAUAGGAAGGAUGUUAAGAUUUUAGUAGCUCAUGUUCAUUAGGAAGAGGUAACUUAUGUUACUGGAGCCUGGGGUUUUUAAUCUCUGCUGCCGAGGUAGCCAACUGCAAAAGCUAAAUGAACUACACUGAAGCAGUCUUCAGGUUUACAGUUUUCCCAGUAGUUUCACAGCUAUUUAAACCACAAAUUUAAAGUAGUUUUCAGUGUUUUAUCGUGCUCCACUGUGUGUUUUUAUUCUGACUGUGUGCGUUUCUUUUCUUAGCCUCUGCAGCUAGAAGGAGAUUGCACAAGGUAUACCAGAGAGCAUACUCCAUCUUCCUCCAGUCAGUUCACUGCUUGCACAGGUACCAGAGAAGAUGUUAGAGCAGGGAAGGCUUCUUACCAUACUGAUGAGGUUUUCUUACCUGCUGCUGAUCUAGGGAAGAAAAAAAGCAGGUAGCAAAAAUGCACAUUGGAUGUUUAUAUCUGUGCUCCUUUCCUGUUAAAUAUAUCUAUAUUUGCUUUCACAGGUAGCAAAAAAAAAAAAAAAAAAAAAAAAGAAAGAAAAAGAAAAAGAAGAAGAGAAGGAAAAAAGGGGAAAAAAAAAAAAAAAAAAAAAAGAUGCCCAAAAUACAUCCUCUGAAAAGACCAGCCACAGUAGCCCAGUGUCUGACCAAUACAUAACUGAUAUUACAGAGCAGUCUUGGCAGCCUCCUAGGAAAACAAACAUUCUUUUUUCUUGUGUUUCAAUGACUGGCAGUUUUAAGUCUUGCCAGAGCAAGCCCAGUGGAAUAUAAGUAUUUCGAGCGUGCUCUUGGUUGUUGGUUUUAAAUAGACAAAUGAAUUGAGGAGAGGAGGAAUGCAAAGAGCAAAUGUUUGCUCUUUGCUUAGAGGAUGUGAAGUCAACACUGCAGAAUUUGAACUUACUUUCUUAAGCACUGGGUGCUGGGUAGCAUGUCUCCUCAUAGUAAUCACUAUACUUACUAGUAUUAGCAAAGCUAAUUCUGCUUUAGGUGUCUACCUCUGUCAGCCAGGAGAUGCCAAAAUCCAUUUUCUGAUUUAAGUUGCUAACAUAGAAAGACCUACUUCCUUUCAAAAGAGAGAUGUGUGUGUGAUUCUGUGACUGUUGUUAAAAGACUUCAUAUGAACACAAGGUUAGAUGAAUCUCCCAGGUUGUUUUUUCUUUUUUUUUAGCCACAGUGUUGGUUCUAUAUAUGUAUCUACAGUAUAUUAUGAGAUAAAAGUAGUAAAACAAGUGCUACUCUUUGUGUUUGAUUUAGGGUGGUAACAAUUCAGUCUCUAAACACACUGGAAGUCAGCUGGAAAUAUUUUUCCUAACUUGGUUUCCUAUGAGAGCUCACAUGGUUGUUUCAUCAUGCCAACACUACUUAAUGCUAAGGGAUAGAAUGGUUUAUCACCUGAUAGCAUGCCUCCAUCUGAGAACUCUGAUUAACAACGACGGAGGCAUCAGUUUGGAGGUUAAGGCUUCACGCUUAUUUGGAGCUUAUCUUCACAAACAUCAGAUGCAUUUAUUUUGAAAGCACUAGUCAGCUGCCACUAAAAUGGUACAGAACUUUUGUUGGAGAUAAGACUAUGAAAGAGGCAGUAGUGAUUUGGGCAUCUCACAGCUAAGUUGGCAGUUCAGUACUCUGUGGACAUGGCUAAAAACUUCAAUUACUUGGCCUUUUUUUCCCCAGUUAUACUUGGGACAAUCCCUGAUGAAUCGCUAGUUUUUUACAGCAUAUUCUUUUCAAUCCCAUUUUCUCCUGGAACAUUUGCUUCUAGUCAGUGCUUUAGUUUUAUACUUUGUCUAGAUAAAACCAUGUGGCUGUUCACGGACAUUCAUUUUGUACUGGGAUUACAGUUUCACUUCAGUUUUCACAGGGGGUUAUCAGUCCUCCUAAGCAGGCCAUUCACUAAGGUUGACCGUGAUCUUACAGUCUUUCAGUUCUCUACUGGUCCUCACUGCUGCAUUCUCUGUACAGUCAGCACUUUCUUUAACCUUACAGUCUGUGGAAGUUUUGAAGCUUGUCCACAGAGGGGGAACAGAAAAGCUGUAUAUUGCAGAGAAGCACUUACACUUGAUCUGCUGAAUAGAAGCAGCAGAAGUGAAACUGAAACACAGAGCUGUUAUUUCAGUGAGUGCUGAAGUGGUAAUUCCAGUCAAUACAAAAUAGACCAUACUUGAAAGCACUUGCUUCUUUGAAUUGUUGAUGUAUAUCCAGUUUUAAAUUACUGUAUUAAACAAAAAUUAAAAACAACUGUGAUCAGUAGCCAUUUUAGACUUAUCAAGAUUUAUCUGAGAUAUUGUGAAAACACACAUUUACACUGUUGUGUACUUUGUAUGUGUGUAACUAUUGAAAGCAACCUUAAGUGAUGUUUUGUUUCUGCUUUCACAGCAAAAUCGUAAUUUUUUUUAACAAUGGCUGUGUUUAUUCAAUUAAAAAAAGUAUUUGCAUAUGCUAGUGCACUUUGAACAGAUUCUUGCUUGACAAAUUACACCUAUUUAGUUUUGUGGCAUGGUUUAUAUCUAUUCUGCAUAAAAAUUUUUGUCAAGUGUAACAUUGACAUGGCAUUGAUCAUUGCCCUUGUUCCUUAGGGAUUCGUGAGAGUUGCUAUUUUGAUUUGUUUGGAUGAAAAUAGUCUUAAUUCUUAUGUAUCACUUCUCUACUACGUAGGGAAGCAUUUCUAAGCAAAACUAAAACUCUUUACUUGUUAUGUAGAAGUGUGUCAGGAAAUGACAGAGAAAUAAACUUGGUACUUUCAUCUGCAACUAAAAUAAGAACAGUGACAUUUAUCUUGAAGCUCCACCAUUUUGCAAAAUAGCCUCUGUUUGCUUUUGUUAGUGAGCAUGUUGUCUUAUUUACACAUUGCAAGAUCAUGGCACUGCUAAUACAUGUAUUUAAGUAAAUCCCCAAUAGUUAAGGCUGUAGAAUUACCAUGUAUUUCACAGUAUAAAUUCAGAAGGGAAAAAUGAAAUUCCUCCUUUUGUAUUAUUUCCUGUCCUAAAUGUGUUAAAAACUUUCAUUUGAAAGCAUUUUUAAUUAUACCAGAAAGCCAAAGGUAUUUUCAGCUUUUAUAAUUUGUAACUGCUGCAGUAAUUGUUACUGAACAGAUAGGGUUUCCCACAUUUUUCCUCCUUUUGCCUGUAUGCUGCAGACGGUGAGUAUGUUAUAAAAGUGCUAGACAGUUCCAAUGUGGACCAUUUCUUAAUAAGCUUGUUGGCUUAAUAGUGGAGAGAAGAAGAGAUUGUAUGGUGCAGUUUCAUAAUUUUUUCUGGUUUCAACUUGAAAUACAAGAUCUUAAAUAAAGAUUUCUGCAUUGAACUGUUAAUUUCAGACAUGCAGGGGAGAAAGCGGCACUUUCCAUUCUCAUCUGGAGUUGGUACAAGAUAGAAUUCCCUAAGCACAAACAUUUCCAGCUUUCUUCCUCAGCUUCUGUGAAGAGCAGUGAUUCAUUAUGAUCUAUGUUCAUAGCGUCAGUGGAAAUUGUGGUUUUAACAAGGUAAUUUGACUUCAGUGCUAUUUACUUGUUCAGUUGUAACUUUAAGUUUCUACUUAUGAUCCUAAAUUCCACUAAAAAAAAAAAAAAAAGGUAAUAACACACCUUUCUGGAUGAAGAGAGCUCUUUUUCUUCAGAAAUAGGAAAUGUCCUGGAGCAGCUAGAAUCCUGUGCCAGGGACUCUGGAAUCAAAGUAAGGUGUUGGUAUUCCCUCUCUCCUUCCUUUUAGAUUAAGCCCAAGGUAAGGGGAUAAAAGUUUUUUCUAUUUUUAUUUAACCCAAUAAGCUACCUUUAAAAUUGCAUAGCAUUGUUUGGAGGGUGGAGGAGCAUGAAACAAAUUUUGGAUUGUAUGGAGUUCAAGUGGAGGAGGAGAGGGGGGAGCAGAGGAAGAAACAGGUUUACUAUGACCUGCUGAGAGAUGAGUUGACAGAAAUUACUGUGUAACUUAAAAAUUGUAGCCUCUAAGGGUUAGCAAUUCUGGGACCUCUGGUGUAGAGGCCAGAAUGGCAAUCCUCUCACAGAUCCCCAAGCUGUCUCCAUAAUAUAUUUUUCUAUUUGAUGGGGAGGGAAAAGGGCAGGCCACUUAGAACUUGGUUCCUAUAAGUAAACUUGAAAUUGUACAUGUUCUUUCAGUCUAUAGUUUUAUUGAGUGUAAACUUUUAAAUAUUGUUUGUCAGUGAGAAGGUUCUAUCUGGUGACAAAUCUUUAUAUUUCUUAUGGUUGCCUUGUAAAGAUUCAAAAAUGUACAAUAAUACAUUUCUUAAUAUGAAAUAAGGAGUAAGAUUUCUACAACUCGUAUAGAUUUUGAUGUGAGCUGGUUUUUAAAAUCUUAAUCACUUAAAUAAAACCUUCCUUGCCUUUAA